UCAUCUAUAUCAGCUGUCACAUAAAAGUGAAGAAGAAGAGAAAUAUGGCUGGAUUCUUGCCGAAACUUUCCAAUUUCAUCUGGAAAUCAAAUAAUUUGGCUGGUUAUGGCUUCCAACAAGUUCGCACCAAAUACGCCAACUGGCAUAUGAUCAAAGACGUUCGCAAGCGGAAAUGCUUGGAAACUCAUGGUAUUGAGAGGCUGCGAGUGAAUGCGUUACGAAAGAAUGACAUACUGCCCAUUGAAUUGCGUUCGAUCGCUGACGCAGAGAUAGCGGCACAGCCGAGAGAUUCAUCCAUAACUCGAAUCCGUGGUCGUUGUGCGCUCACCUCGCGUCCCAGAGGUGUUGUGCACCGAUGGCGACUGAGCCGGAUCGUUUGGAGAGAUUUGGCCGAUCACAAUCUGAUCAGCGGUGUUCAGCGAGCGAUGUGGUAGUUAGAAUGUACACACAAUACAACUGUUUGCAAAAUAGAAAUAUAUUUCGUGCUUGUUAGGAAAGGUAA